CCGAGACGCUUCCUGUCCGGUGAGUGUCGACCGACUGAAACGGCGGCCCAUAAUGCAUUGCGAUGGCGGGUGGGGGCGGAGCCAGGGCCGGAAGUAGGACGGCGGCGGCGGCUCUGGCAGCUCGGGACUUCGUGCAAGUAACAGAAUCACCAUGAUCCUUCAGAGGCUCUUCAGGCUCUCCUCUGUCCUUCAGGCCGCAGUCUCGGUCUCUUUGAGGAGGAACAUUGGUGUUACAGCAGUGGCAUUUAAUAAGGAACUUGAUCCUGUUCAGAAGCUCUUCGUGGACAAGAUUAGAGAAUAUAGAAAUAAGCGACAGACAUCUGCAGGACCUGUUGAUACUGGCGCAGAAUAUCAGCAAGAACUGGACAGGGAGCUUUUUAAGCUUAAGCAAAUGUAUGGCAAAGCAGACAUGAAUACGUUCCCCAACUUCACAUUUGAAGAGCCCAAAUUUGAAGCUGUUGAAAAACCACAGUCCUGAAGAGAGAAUGUAAAAUUUUUCUGGUAAUUUGUCUUAGAUUAAUUAUACAGCUGAUCAGAAGUAUCAGAAUAAACAUACAUUUCACAAUUA